UUUUUUCAAAAUAACCGAAAAUAUGAUGAAACGAACAAGAUAUCAAUACCCUUAAUAUUGCCCACAAGGGCAAAAUCACAAUCCAAAGCCAAUGUAAAUAUGUAAUGCAAUGCAUGAACCACACACACAUUUAGUCACUUAUGAUCCACAAAACCCAAAAACAUCCAAAGGUAAAGAAUACAGGAUUAGAUAAUACCUUAUCCUCAAACUUCAAUAGCUACAAUAUCCAAUGAUCAUCUCUUCCUCCCUUACCACCACUACCACUACCAUCACCAUCUCCCAUCCCCAACUCCUCCUCCCCCGCCGCCAUCGCCAUCGCAAUUUCUCUCUCCUCCCUAAAUCCACCCUCGCCAACACCAACGAUUCACCGCCCGCCCCCGCAACCACCGUCAACAACCCCAAAUCCGCCAUCAUCAUCGGCGGCGGCCUCGCCGGACUCUCCGCCGCCACUCACCUUCACUCUUCCGGCGUCCCUUUCCUCCUUCUCGAAGCUUCCGACGGCGUCGGCGGUCGUGUCCGUAUAGACCUCGUCGAUGGCUUCCUCCUUGAUCGAGGCUUCCAGAUCUUCAUCACCGCCUACCCUGAAGCACAAAAGCUUCUCGAUUACUCUACCUUAGACCUCCAAAAAUUCUACUCAGGAGCUCGAGUUUACUACAAUGGCGGAUUUCACACUGUUGCUGAUCCUGUUCGACAUUAUUGGGACUCCAUUGGAACCCUAGGUAAUCCCAUUGGUACAAUUCUUGAUAAAUUGCUAAUCGGAUUAACUAGAAUUAAGGUUUUGACCAAAUCAUUUGAGGAAAUUGUUGUUGCUAAUGAGGUUCCUGUGAUUGAAUUGCUGAGAAAUUCGGGUUUUUCGGAUUCGAUUAUUGAUAGGUUUUUUAGGCCGUUUUUUGGUGGGAUUUUCUUCGAUCGAGACCUCGAAACGUCAUCGAGGUUGUUCGAUUUCAUCUUUAGAUGCCUCGCAUUGGGAGAUAAUACGCUUCCUGCGAAAGGAAUCGGCGAAAUACCGAAUCAGUUGGUCUCGAAAUUGCCUCAAGAUUGCAUUAGGUUGAAUUUGAGAGUUGAAUCGAUUGACAUUGAUGAAGAAAAGAGGGUUAAUUUGAGGUUAGAUAAUGGAGAAAGUUUGAGAAGUGAGAUUGGGGUAAUUUUAGCAGUUGAGAAACCAGAAGUUGAAAAGAUUUUAGCGGGAAAUUUGUUGGAGGGAGUAAAUAAAUCGGGAAAUAAAAAGCCUGGUCAGAGUACGGUUUGUUUGUAUUUUACUUCGGAUAUGGAUAAAAUCCCGACCUCAGACCCAGUUUUGUAUCUAAAUGGGUCAGGUCGUGGGAUUGUGAACAAUAUGUUUUUUGCUACUAAUGUUGCCCGGUCGUAUGGCCCGCCUAAUAAGGCGCUGGUGUCAACUACGUUGAUCGGAUUGUAUGAUGAUGUGUCAGAUGAUGAGUUGAUUGGGCGGGUGGUACGAGAGCUUUUGGGGUGGUUCGGGGAGUCGAUUGUUGGGAGUUGGAAGCAUUUGAGGACUUAUCGGGUCAAGUUUGCCCAACCAAAUCAAAGCCUGCCUACGGACUUGAUGAAGAGUCCGAGGAUUGGGCCUGGGUAUGGAUUGUACUUGUGUGGGGAUUACCAAACUAGUGCUACAUUUGAUGGGGCCUUAGUUUCCGGUAGGAGAGCUGUUGAAGCAUUACUUGAAGAUAGAGCAAUUAGUCGACUUCUUUAGGAUGUAAAUUGGUUCAUUUUCACGCCAAAGAUUGAUUCAUUAUACUACAAUAGUCCAAUAUAGUGUUGUUUGCUAGUCGUAUCCAAUGAUAAAAGAGUUGUAUUUGUUGUAAGAAAACUUGAGUAAUUGUAUAGUGAUUACUGAUUAGCGCACUUCUGCUGUACUACUGCCAUCGUUGAGUGUUAUUUAGUUGAUUGUAGAACCAUA